AUGGUCAGAGUGGUUUGACAACAGCCGUGCAAGCAUAGAUGGCCAAGGACAGGAAAUUGAAUCCAUCAGAAAAUUGUGGAAUGAGAAAAAAAUAUCCUGUGAGAAACCAAACAAAAUUGAUGCAUGACAACAAAAGGAACAUCUACUGCAAGCACUACAACAACUACAGUUUCAACCACGACUUCUACAACUACUACCACUACUACUGUAACAACACCAUCUACAACUACAACUACUACAGUGUCAACCACAACUCCUACAACUACUACCACGACUACUGUAACACCACCAUCUACAACAACAGGAACAUCUACUGCUAGCUCUACAACAACUACAGUGUCAACCACAACUCCUACAACUACUACCACUACUACUGUAACGCCACCAUCUACAACAUUAGAAUCAUCUACUGCUAGCUCUACAACAACUACAGUGUCAACCACAUCUCCUACAACAACUAUUGUAACAACACCAUCUACUACAACAGGAACAUCUACUGCUAGCUCUACAACAACUACACUGUCAACCACAACUACUACCACUACUACUGUAACACCAUCAUCUACAACAUUAGAAUCAUCUACUGCUAGCUCUACAACAACUACAGUGUCAACCACAUCUCCUACAACAACUAUUGUAACAACACCAUCUACUACAACAGGAACAUCUACUGCUAGCUCUACAACUACUACAGUGUCAACCACAACUCCUACAACAACUACCACUACUACUGUAACACCACCAUCUACAACAACAGAAUCAUCUACUGCUAGCUCUACAACUACUACAGUGUCAACCACAACUCCUACAACAACUACCACAACACUACCGUAA